CUUGUAGCCAGAGAUGGGGACGGAGCCCACAGAGCAGGUUUCCUGGGGCCCCUACUCUGGGAUUGAGGAGGAGGAGGAGGUGUAUUCAGCUGAGCCAUUGCCCGAGAUCUGUUACAAGGCGGAUGUCCAGGCCUUCAGUCGUGCUUUCCAACCCAGUGUCUCCCUGACGGUGGCUGCUCUUGGUCUGGCCGGCAAUGGGCUGGUCCUGGCCACCCAUCUGGCGGCCCGCCGCACUGCUCGCUCGUCCACCUCCGCCCACCUGCUCCAGCUGGCUCUGGCCGACCUCCUCUUAGCCCUGACCCUGCCCUUCGCUGCAGUGGGAGCUCUUCAGGGCUGGAGUCUGGGAAGUGCCACCUGCCGGGCCGUCUCUGGCCUCUACUCGGCCUCCUUCCACGCAGGCUUCCUUUUCCUGGCCUGUAUCAGCGCAGAUCGCUACGUGGCCAUCGCGCGGGCGCUGCCAGCCGGGCGGCGGCCUUCCACGCCAGGCCGUGCGCACUUGGUCUCGGUCAUCGUGUGGCUGCUGUCACUGCUCCUGGCGCUCCCUGCGCUUCUCUUCAGUCGGGAUGGUCGCCGGGAAGGCCAGCGGCGCUGUCGCCUCGUCUUCCCCGAAGGCCUCACGCAGAUGGUGAAGGGGGCAAGCGCGGUGGCGCAGGUGGUGCUGGGCUUCGCGCUGCCCCUGAUCGUCAUGGCAGUCUGUUACGCGCUCCUGGGCCGCACGCUGCUGGCCGCCAGGGGGCCCGAGCGCCGGCGGGCGCUGCGUGUGGUGGUGGCCCUGGUGGCAGCCUUCGUGGUGCUGCAGCUGCCCUACAGCCUCGCCCUGCUGCUGGAUACAGCCGAUCUGCUGACUGCCCGCGAGCGGAGCUGCCCUGCCAGCAAGCGCAAGGAUCUGGCACUGCUGGUCACCGGCGGCUUGGCGCUGGCGCGCUGCGGCCUCAAUCCCGUGCUCUAUGCCUUUCUGGGCCUGCGCUUCCGCCAGGACCUGCGCAGGCUGUUAAGGGGUGGGGGCUGCAGCCCAAGGCCUCAGCUUCGCAGCCGCUGUCCCCGCCGGCCCCGCCUCUCUUCCUGCUCCGCUCCCACCGAGACCCACAGUCUCUCCUGGGACAGCUAAGGAGGCUACAGAUCCAAAGGGGGGGAGGGGGGGAGGGCUAAGUGGGUAAGGAGAGUCGGUGGGGGGCAAAGAGGUCAGGAUCUACCGGGAGGAUGACUUCUGUGCUUUGCCAUAUUAAAGUGAUAACAAGGAAAUGA